AUGACUAGCCAGUCUCAGAUGCGAUCUGCUCACGCCAUUUCCAACCCUACCCUGGCCGGAAUUGAGAAGAGAUGGGAAGCAAUGCCGCCACAAGAGCAAGCCGAGCUAUGGAUGCAAUUGAGAGAUCGUAUGAAGGUUGAUUGGAACGAGAUGACUCUGCAGGAGAAGAAAGCUGCAUGGUGGAUUGCAUUUGGACCUCAUGGACCCCGUGCUGAGGCAGCGCCGGGUGAAUGGACCAAAGUGUGGCUUUACACCGCAGUUGGCAUUGGAAUUUCGUUGGCUACAUUCAUGCUCAUCCACUCCAUGGCAAGACCGCCUCCACGAACCAUGACCAAAGAAUGGCAGGAGGCUACCAACGAAUAUCUCAAGUCCGAGAGGAGCAACCCUAUGUAUGGUAUCAGCAGUGAAGGAUACACCGGUCCAGGCUUCGUUCAAAGCAAGUCUGCUAAGGCUCAGGGUAUCAAGCUUGAGCCAGACGAGUAA